AUGGGAGACUCGCUCCGGGAAGGUUCGGAUUAUAAUACACGGCUCUACGAAGGAAAGGGUUGCCUGGGUGAGGGGAUAGGGAAUAAGGAUGGAAGCCCCAUUCACUCUGCCAAGGACUGGACAGGGCGUAGCAAGAAGCCCCCAAUCCUUUAUUUGACCAGGAAAGACUGCACUGCUUUGGGCCAUAGAAGCGAAGGGAAUGAGCUCGGCUGCUUAUCCUCCACACUUAUAUUUUAUCUCCGUGCCCCUUUCGCAUGCGCUUCGCGCGCCAUUGGCGCUUUGCUCUCCUCUUAUUAUUCAUUGGACAGUUCGGAUGGACUUCUCCGUUCUUUCCCAACAAAAAUAGAAAAGGUUGUAUCACAUCGAGAUGUCGAUUCGUUUUCCGCCCCCAAUGAGAUGGGGAAUUUGUAA